UCCUCCUCCUCCUCCGCGCGGCCUCAGUCAUGGCGGAAAGCGGCGCCGGGGACGGGGACUUGCCGCCUUCUCCUUCUUCUCCGCCGCCGCCCCCUUCGCCCGUGAGCCGCUUCCCGUGGCAAUGGGAGCGGCUGAGGCUGGCGGCGGGACCCUGGGCCCGGAGCCUGGGCUUGGUGGCGGUCCUCGGCCUGCUCUACUGCCUGAGGGGCCCGCUUCGCUUGAGGGACAACCUGGCGGCAGGGCUGUCUUUUUCCCCCUUACUGCCAGUGACUGUUUUCUUGAGCACACUGACUCCAAAAUUCUACGUUGCACUUACGGGGACUUCAUCUCUGAUAUCUGGUCUGAUAUUUAUAUUUGAAUGGUGGUACUUCAGGAAAUAUGGCACAUCCUUCAUAGAACAGGUAUCUGUGAGCCAUUUGCGACCACUUAUUGGAGGAACAGAGAAUACUAAUUCUCCACAAACAACAUUCUCUGCUACAAAUGGAGAAAAUGAGACGAACAGGCAAAGUCUGUCAGAGUGCAAGGUAUGGAGAAACCCCCUCAACCUCUUUAGAGGAGCAGAGUAUAGCAGGUAUACAUGGGUAACUGGAAAAGAACCACUUACAUAUUAUGACAUGAACUUAUCUGCUCAAGAUCAUCAGACAUUUUUCACAUGUGAAACAGACUCACUUCGGCCUUCAGAUUCAGUUAUGCAGAAGGCAUGGCGGGAGAGAAACCCCCAGGCCCGGAUCAAAGCAGCACAUCAAGCUUUGGAAAUAAAUAAUGACUGUGCAAUGGCAUAUGUUCUACUGGCAGAGGAAGAAGCAGUAACUAUUGUAGAUGCUGAAAAAUAUUUCAAGCAGGCUCUGCGUGCAGGAGAAACAAUUUAUAGGAAGUCUCAGCAUUGUAGCACUCAAAGCCCCCAGCACGAAGCACAACUUAGAAGAGACACCAAUGUGCUGGUUUAUGUAAAAAGGAGACUAGCUAUGUGUGCAAGAAAACUUGGAAGAAUUAAAGAAGCCGUGAAAAUGAUGAGAGAUUUAAUGAAAGAAUUUCCUCUCCUAAGUGUAUUGAAUAUCCAUGAAAACCUUCUGGAAGCACUUCUGGAACUACAGGCUUAUGCUGAUGUCCAGGCAGUUCUAGCAAAGUAUGAUGAUAUCAGCCUUCCAAAGUCAGCAGCAAUAUGUUAUACAGCAGCACUUUUAAAGGCCAGAGCAGUUUCUGAUAGGUUUUCGCCAGAAACAGCCUCUAGAAGAGGGCUUAGCACAGCAGAAAUCAGUGCUGUAGAGGCAAUUCACAGGGCAGUUGAAUUUAAUCCUCAUGUACCAAAGUAUUUGUUAGAAAUGAAAAGCUUGAUCUUACCCCCAGAACACAUUCUGAAACGAGGAGACAGUGAAGCAGUGGCAUAUGCUUUCUUCCAUCUGCAACACUGGAAGCGAAUAGAGGGUGCUCUUAAUUUGUUACAUUGCACAUGGGAAGGAACAUUUAGAAUGAUUCCUUAUCCAUUAGAAAAAGGCCAUCUAUUUUAUCCCUACCCCAGCUGUACAGAGACAGCAGACAGAGAAUUAUUACCAACAUUUCACGAUGUGUCUGUGUAUCCCCAGAAGGAGCUUCCUUUUUUCAUCCACUUUACAGCAGGGCUGUGCUCUUUUACAGCAAUGUUAGCCCUCCUCACACAUCAAUUUCCUGAACUCAUGGUCAUUUUUACUAAAGCUGGGUUUCCUGAGACCUGUACAUUAUUUCAAGGAUGUUGGCCCAUUAUGAAAUGAUUGAGAAAACCUGCUUGAAGGUGUGGUUGUUUCAUUGUUGUCUGUCUAUGUGGUGAUUAGCAGCAUCUUUUACUGUAGCCAUCUAUAAUGAAGGACUUCAUUGAUGUUGAGAUUUUAGUAUUGAGAAGUACAAAAAAGAAUACUACUUUAUAGUGAAGGCACUGUGGUGGUGUAGCUAUUUUUUUAGCAGCUAGAGCUCUAAAGAGAAGUUUAUUAAGUCCUUACAAUACAAAUGUUUCACUGUUUUUGCUUUGCUCCAUUCUUCAGAUUUUUUGCUUUACUCCAUUCUCUCAUAUUUAGUAUUGUUACAGGAGACAUGAUGGUAUAGAAUAUUUUUUAUCAGCUUAGGCAACAAUCCCUAUCAGGAGAGACAAUUAUCCAAGCUCUGUUAGCCUCUUGUGUGAAUCACUGCAGUGCUUUUAUAUAUGAUACUGCAUUUGGAAAUGAUUUGGAUGCUUCAGUUGGUCCAGAAUAGAACAGCAAGAUUGAUAGUAAGGACUGAGCAUUAGAAUCAUACGCAGCUAGUGCCUGUUGCUCUGUAGAGGUUUCAAAGUACAAACAGUCCUCAAAUUACGAGCAAUAUGGGUUCUGUAGGUUUAUUCUUAAUUUGAAUUUGUAAGUCGGAACAGAUACAUUUUUAAGUGUAAUACCAGCCGUGUGUGUGUGUGUACAUGCACAUARGUAUGCAUGCAUGCACGCUUUGUAUAGCAUAGGGAAGGGUUAACACCCUUGUGGUGUUUGUUUUGCUGUCUGUYCCCCUGUUCAGAAGAUUUCACCUCACUUUCUAUCCCUGUGAUAAUUGGAUUUUGAAAAAAAGAAAUGGCUUGUUGUGGAAACAAUGWUUGGUAAUAAAGCUUCAGUGAAGGCACCUUUUCCUUACGAUAAAUCUUCCAGGAGUGAAUUUCCCUUCCUAGGGGUAGAUUUCCCUGACURCCUGUUGUCUUACCCCCAUUUGUAGCUAUGAGUUCUUUGUUAGUCAGAUGUUUGUAACUUGGGGACUGCCUGUACUGGUUUUAAACUAAAGUCUUAAAUGGCAUCAUGAUCAUAAUUUGUUCCCCACCCUCUCCUCACAGCUCAAGGSGGGAUACAACACAUAAAAUACAUAGUACAAAUAUUAAAGACAGUUUAGGCCUGCUGGAAGAGAUAGGUCUUUAAUUGUGUCUUAAAUUUUGACAGCUUAAGACAAGGUUAUUGGAAAGAUGGUGGUACUGGUGGAAGUGGAGAUGAAAUCCUUUCCCAUCUCCCAGCGAUCUUUAUAUAGGUG